AACAUGAAACUGUUAGUAGCAGUGGCGGUCUUAUGCCUAGCGGCGGCUUACGCUCGUGAGCUAGGCGAGGAGGAGAAGGACCUCGUCGCAGCGGCCAGUGGGAAGAGCCAUCAUCACGAAGAAGGCGGUGGUCAUGAACACCACGCCGACCAUCAUCAUGAACACGGUGAAAAGGGACACAAAGGUCACAAAGGACAUCACCACCACCACAAAGGUGAACAUGGACACCAUGGAAAACAUCACAAGGAAGGACACCAUCACGAACAUGGUGGCCAUCACAAGAAGCACUGGGAUGAGCAUGAUCAUCAUGGACAUCAUCACGAGCAUGGACACCACCAUAAGGGUGGCAAACAUGGCCAUCACAAACACCAUGACAAGGGUGAAAAGACCGACGGUUACCACAAGAAAUACCACAAGGACGAGUUCCACAAGGACCACCACUUCUACGACGACCAUCACAAGGAAGGCAAGCAUCACAAGCACGGUAAACAUCACGGACACCAUGAAGAUAAGGGAGGACACCACAAGAAGGGAGGUCAUCACGAACAUGGACACCAUGAGCAUCAUCAUGGCAAGCAUGGACACCAUGACAAACAUCACUACGAUGAAGACCACAAAGGACACAAAGGACACCACGGCCAUGAAGAACACCAUCAUCAUCAUCACGAUCAUGGCAAGAAGGGAGGUCAUCACGACCACAAGGACUGGGGUUUCCAUCAUGGAAAACAUUGAGAUGCCAAAAAUAUGCUGUGAUAUUAUUUUAUAUUUUUGUUACGGGUUUUUGUUAGUUUUUUAUAAAUUAUUGAAUAAGCAUCGUUACAAAAAUGU